CGGUGGCGCUUUCAAAUUGUUUGUUUUAGCAUCAACGGUUUAUUGGAUGUUGGACUCAUCUCGGUUAAUAUAUCAACAUACAGCGUGUAAGUUAUUUCAGUUCAGACCGUUUUACACAUGUACAAACCUGAAGAGUGAUGAACGGCACGACCUGCGAUGGAAAAGGAAGGGCUGAUGAACGUCAAAGCUCUGAGGGCCAAGUUUCAGGAAGAGGCCUUUCUUGCUCAAUCCAAAACCAGUCGACCAGCUGUUGCAGAGAAACCCAAACACCUCCCACCUCCUGGGGGUCACUGCAGCUCUGUGGUCAGCAGUAUUAAUAUCGCUGUGGAAAACAAGACACCAGUGGUUCCCCGGGUCAUCUUCAGAGAUGGGCUGCGGGCAUCUGGAGGCAAACGACCAAUUUCCUUUCCACCACAACCUCAACAGACCUCCCCCUCAUCCCAGCUUACUAAUGGAGACAGCACAACAAGGCAGUCCCUCAAAGACAGACACAUGCCUCUGGUGCUUCCUGUCCUGCCUGUGAAGGAGAAAAAGACAGAACCGCCAUCCAAAAAGGAGCACAAACUGGAACCAGAUCCAGGGAAAGAAGUCCUGCCACAAACUAAAAUCAAGAAGAAAGGUUUGCUGCUUCCUUUUAAGUCUGCCAAGGCAUCAAAGGUCAGCACAGAAAAUGUGGAGGAGCCUACGUAUGCUGAUUUAACCACCAGACCUUCCAGUGCUCCCGGCGAGUUGCCCUCUGUAGAAAAGCAAACAACAGAGGAUGGGGUUUCUCUUCACAGUGACCAAUCUACCGCUGAGCUUCCCUUCUCCAGCCCAGAUAUCCCAAUCACCCCUCCUCCUGCAGAUACAAGUGUCGACUCCGAACACAAAAUCAUUAGCACCUUGGAGAGGGCCAAGAGGAAGUUUUCACGCAGUCAUGUGUUGAUCUCUGCCAAACCUAAGAGCUUACGUUCCCCUGACUACAUCUCAAAAGACAAGGUGUUCCCUUCACUGCCAAAGAACGCUGACUGUGUUGAGCCUGAGCCACCUGUGCCCCCGCCAGCGUGUUUUCCCCACCUGGCUUGUCUGUCAGCCCGACCUUUCUUCAAAGCAAACCACUCAUCACGCAAGUCUCCGUUGGAUAAGCAUUUUGACAGAGGUAAAGCUCUUCCCUCUGUUGAACCUCAUCCAACCUCCGCUCCUCCAAAGAAGCCUCUACCUGACGUGAGGUCCCUGGGCCUGUUGCCACCAAAGCCCCCCAGACCUCCAUUAGUAGAUCUCAGCUGUUACCACCAACUCACAGAUAACG